GACACUGGCUCGGCGGAGAAAGAAGGACGUUCCCCCCAAGGCUCCGGUGAGGAACGUCUCGAUGUGUCGAGCAGCGGCGCCAACAAGGAGGUCCUCAAAGAAGACGAGGAGUACUUGCAUGCCGAGGACAGUGAAGACGGCGAGUACUCGGACGAGGAGGAGUGUUCGUCGCAACACUCCGUGGCUGAGCACAAUGAUGUGAUGGCCAGUGGGGCAGAAGCAGAUGAGGCCAGCGGCGCGAAUGAAGAGGCCGAGAAGGAGGAGCCAGCAGAGAUCCUUUCAAAAGUCUCCGUGCCGGAGGGUGGAGACUUCAUGUGUCCAUCCCCUCCAUGUGACUUGCAAGAAGAAGCCGACAAGGAUGAGUACUCGGAUGGAUCUGGAUCCGAGGGUUUGGAGGGCGAAGAAGGUGAAGAAGACGAGUACUCGGAUGAGGAGCAGUCGGAGUGCUCGUCGCAACACUCCGUGGCUGAGCACAAUGAUGUGAUGGCCAGUGGGGCAGAAGCAGAUGAGGCCAGCGGCGCGAAUGAAGAGGCCGAGAAGGAGGAGCCAGCAGAGAUCCUUUCAAAA